AUGACAUUUACGUGAGCUCCAAGCGAAAACCAAGUAAGCCCCACCUAUUUACUCUCUCGCUCUCUUUCUCUCUCUAAACCCAGAAAAUCUCUGAGAAAAUUGGUUGAGUGGAGAAUUUGUUUGGGAAAAUUUCAAAUUGAUUGAUCGGAGCUUUCUGUUUUGGAGGUGUUGGGUGUUAAUUGAUGGUGGACUCUGUCAAAGAUCCUUUAAUGGAAGCUUUUGCUGGCUCAAAGAGCAACAAAUAAACCAAAAAUGCGCAAGUCUUUCAAGGAUUCUCUUAAGGCCCUCGAAGCUGAUAUUCAGUUUGCCAAUACCCUAGCCUCUGAUUACCCUAGAGAAUAUGAUGGUGCCUGCCUUCAAAUGAGAUUGUCAUACAGCCCUGCUGCUCAAUUUUUUCUCUUUCUUGUUCAAUGGACUGACUGUCACCUUGCUGGUGCCUUGGGUUUGCUUAGAAUUCUUAUAUAUAAGGCAUAUGAGAACGGAAAGACUACAAUGUCUAUUCAUGAAAGGAAAGCUACUCUGAAAGAGUUUUACAGUGUCAUAUUUCCUUCUUUGCUGCAACUUGAAAAGGGAAUCACAGAAGUAGAAGAAAAGAAACAGAAAGAAAUAUGUGCCGCUAAGUACAAGAAAAAAGAUGAAUUCCACAAAGGAAAGGUCUCUGAAAUCGACGUUGAAAGAGAAGAAGAAUGCGGUAUUUGCAUGGAGAUGAGCAGCAAGGUCGUUUUUCCCAAAUGCAACCAUUCAAUGUGUAUGAAGUGCUACCGAGAUUGGCGAGCACGCUCUCAAUCGUGCCCCUUCUGCCGGGACAGCCUCAAAAGAGUCAAUUCAUGUGACCUUUGGAUCUACACCAGCUCCACUGAGAUUAUUGACUUGUCUGCAAUCUCUAGAGAGAGUCUAAUGAGGCUCCUCAUGUACAUUGAUGAACUGCCUCUCCUUGUUCCUGACCCAGCUUUUGUGUCCUAUGAUCCACAACGAUGACAAGCCUUCACAGCAUCAUUCUCUACUACCAAGAUUUGUGUUGGGAUAAUUUGUAAGUAGAUAAUAUCGAUCUGGUUGAUUGUAUAUAAUUCUUGAAACUUCCAAAAGGGUAUAUUUUAUUUUAAAGAUGUAAAUAUGUGUUCUUUACUUUACUGGGUCUGCUCAUCAUGUCAUUGGAAUAUUUUACUUUUGGCUCAAUUGUUUGAUUGAUUUUGUUAAUAGGAAAAAGAUGAUAUUAUGACAUUUGGCCUA